GCUGUCACAAGUAAAAAACAAAAACAAAAGAUUGCAGCAGAAUCACCAACAAAUUCUUGGUUCAUAAAAAAAUAAUUUUUAUUGCCGAUAAUUCGCAGAAAUCGUUCGGUCCACUUCCCAGUGUUAGUUAUCUCCUACAGCAAAAAUUAAAAUGUAAUGAAACUACAGUGAAAUAGGCGCUGCAGCGGCAACAACGAUCUUCAGCCGCGCUUAUCUUGCUUUCGAAUCGUGUGGUGUAAUCAAUCCGCAGAGGACGAGAGCUGAAGGAAGUGACCGGUGAAAAUGCUAACGACAAAGUACUUUUUCCUCCUGAUCCUAAUCGCCGCCGGGUUGGUCUUCAUCGUGCUGUUCCACUGGUUUGCGGCCAACUAUUCCCCGGACGUUAUGGGCGUGCAAUACGGGUCAAUAGGUAAUUCCGAUCGACUGUCCCAAACUGGUGCUCGGCAUUGGCAGACAAUGAUCAACCAGGAAGAUCCCGCUCUUAAGACAAUAAACUUUGACGAACAGCUAGUCGUCAUCUAUAACCGUGUUCCGAAGACCGGAAGCACCAGUUUUGUAAAUCUUACCUAUGAUCUCUGCCGAAAGAAUGCAUUUCACGUUCUGCAUAUCAACAUAACGGCCAACAUGCAUGUGAUGUCCCUCCCGAAUCAGAUCCGAUUUGUCCGAAAUGUGACAGCGUGGGACGCAAUGAAGCCGGCUUUCUACCAUGGCCAUUUGGCAUACUUGAACUUUGCCAAACUGGGCGUUCCGGCGGCCAGACCGCUCUACAUUAAUCUGAUCCGGAAACCGUUGGAUCGGUUGGUUUCGUAUUACUAUUUCCUGCGCUAUGGCGACGAUUAUAGACCGCACUUGGUUCGACAUCGUGCCGGAGAUACAAUGACCUUCGAUGAGUGCGUUUCGCGUCAGAAACCCGACUGUGACCCCACGAAUAUGUGGCUCCAGAUACCGUUCUUCUGCGGACAUGCGGCAGAAUGUUGGAAACCGGGCAGCACCUGGGCCCUCGAGCAGGCCAAGAGAAAUCUGGUCAACGAGUACUUUCUCGUGGGGGUCACCGAAGAAAUGGACGAAUUCAUAGAGCUGCUGGAAGUGGCACUACCGAGAUUCUUUAAAGGAGCUACGGAUCACUUCCGGAAAUCGAGCAAGUCCCACUUGCGUCGAACCAAAUCGAAGGUUGAACCUCAGUCAGAAACCAUCAGUCAAAUUCAAAAAUCGUCCAUCUGGCAGAUGGAGAACGAGCUGUACGAGUUUGCCCUGGAGCAGUUCCACUUUAUACAGAAGAAACUUCGCACGCCGUCAGGUAAGGGCUCAAUGCAAGAUUUUUUCUACGAAAAGAUCAAACCAAAUCAAAUCGCCGCUGCUGGUCGCAACUAGCUUUGGAGGUGGGUUGUGAUAGGAGGGGACAAAAGACUCCAGUAUCUCAGUGCGAAGAGUGUGAGACGGAAAAAGGGUGGAACCGGAAGGAUAUUGAACUUGAGAGUCUUAGAAAGUAGUGCUGUUGAUUAGUUGGUAAAUUUUCUUGAAGAAAAGGGUGUGAUGUUUUUUAUUCGUUCUGAGAAUUGCUAAACUGUGUGAAUGAUUUAGAAUGUAGGAAAAAAAAAGACCGUUUAGAAUAUAUUUGUACAAUUAGCUGGUACCUUUUAGUUUACCUCAUUUAUAGAUAGUUUUGCUAAGUUCAUUCCACGGCGUUUACAACUUUUAAACCAUUGAUUAAGCAAGAAUUUCUUCACUAAAAAGUCAACACAUACAAUAAUGAAACGAUACAAAAUCAGUAAUAAUAAAACACUUUUAUAUUGUCGAAUA